UUUUUGUCAAAUAGUCUAUAACAAGUAGAUUUCACCUUUUAAGUUGAAUAAAUUAGUGUACCAGAAUUCAAACUCCGAUUUUAUAUAUUACAUGCAAUGUCCCUACCCGUGUUAUGCUCAAAGUGACAAAACUUCAAAAUUUCAAUUUGUGAUAAAAAGUUUUUAUUAAUUUUUUUUAAUUUUUAUAUUAUAUAUCAUGUUGCCUUAGUCUAAAAUAACAAAUUUUUAUUUUUCAGUAAAUAGACAAAAUGAUAAUAAUCAUUAAAAAUUGACACGCAAAUAAAACAGCCGAAAUUUAAGUUCUAAUUACAACGUGCAACUUAUAAUAAUUUUGAUAUUUUUCCUAAUUGAAUUAGGAAUAAAAUUCUUUCAAAAGUAUUCUUUUUUGACGAAUGUUGACCCACUUGAAUCCUUAUAAAAGGAAGCAUGGUAGUGUCCUAUAUCAAUAUCAAUAUCAAUUCACAAUCUUAUCGAAUACCAAAAAAAUGGAUUUAGUCCUAAACUUCCUCAACACCACAACCAUAGGACUCAUUUCUCUAAUUUCCCUCUUUCUCUUUCUAUUUCGUUUUUCCAAAGUUUCUCAUACCAAAGAACCUCCUAUAAUUUCAGGGUCAUGGCCAAUACUAGGCCACCUUCCACUAAUGAGAAAUACACAAACACCCCACAAAACCUUAGGUGCCUUAGUUGAUAAAUAUGGACCUAUAUUCACAAUCAAGCUUGGUGCUACAAAUGCUUUGGUACUUAGCAAUUGGGAAUUAGCCAAAGAAUGUUUCACCAAGAACGACGUGGUCGUUUCAUCGCGCCCUAAACCGGUCGCGGUUGAACUCAUGUCGUACAAUCAAGCUUUCAUUGGUUGGGCACCGUACGGAAACUAUUGGCGCCAAUUAAGAAAAAUUGUCACCUUAGAGAUUCUCUCAAGUCGUCGAGUUGAACUACUGAGCCACAUUCGUGUCUCAGAAGUUCAAACAUCAAUAAAAGAACUUGUUAAAGUUUGGUCUAAUCAAGUGUCAGAACAAAGUACUAGCGGGUCUAAUCUCGCUAGUACUAAUAAAGACUAUGUAUCAGUUGAAUUGAAGAAAUGGUUCGCACAAUUGACAUUAAAUAUGGUACUAAGAAUGGUUGUUGGGAAGAGAUGUUUUGGUGAAAUGGUUGAUGAGAAAAAUAAGGAAGAAGCAAUAAGAUUUUUGGAUAAUAUAAGAGAUUUUAUGCGUUUGAUUGGAACAUUUACCGUAGGAGAUGGUGUUCCAUAUUUAAGGUGGUUGGAUUUGGGAGGUCAUGAAAAGGAAAUGAAAGAAUGUGCAAAGAAAUUUGAUAAAAUGUUGAGUGAGUGGUUGGAGGAGCAUCGUGGAAAGAAGGUUGUGGGAGAAAGAGACUUCUUGGAUGCAAUGCUUUUGGUGCUUAAUGACAAACCCAUUGAGGGUUUUGCGGCAGAUACCGUAAUCAAAGCCACAACAUUGGAAUUGAUUAUAGGAGGAAGUGACACAUCCGCAGGAACACUUACUUGGGCAAUGUCUCUACUAUUGAAAAAUCCUCAUGUAUUAGAAAAAGCAAAAGAAGAACUUAACACACAAAUUGGAAAAGAGAGAUGGGUAAACGAGUCCGAUAUAACUAACUUAGUGUAUCUUCAAGCUAUAAUUAAAGAGACAUUAAGAUUGUAUCCACCAGCUCCAUUUUCAUCACCUCGUGAAUUCACCGAAGAUUGCACAAUAGGUGGAUAUCAUAUCAAAAAAGGAACUCGAUUGAUGCCAAAUUUAUGGAAGAUUCAUAGAGAUCCUAGUGUUUGGUCAGAUCCAUUAGAAUUCAAACCCGAAAGAUUUCUUACCACUCACAAAGAUGUUGACGUUAGGGGUCAGGAUUUCGAAUUGUUACCAUUUGGAAGUGGGAGAAGAAUGUGUGCUGGAAUGUCCCUUGGUUUGCGUAUGCUUCAUUACAUUUUAGCUAAUUUCUUGCAUUCUUUUGAAAUCUUGAAUCCAUCUCCAGAAUCAAUUGAUGUGACUGAAGUUCUUGAAUUUACUAGCACUAAAGCUACUCCGCUUGAGAUUUUGGUUAAACCUUAUUUAUCUCUCGAAUGUUACGAGACUAUGUGAUUUUAAUUUUAGCCCAUUGUGUUUUUUGUUUGUUUUGUUUUCUAGUGAUAAAUAAAUGUUGUUAGUUAGUUGUGUCUUCUCACACCAUAGACAUAGUAACAAUUCAUUUAUAAUAAAAUGUACUUGUAUUCAUUUCAAUCCAUCGAAUAAUACUUAUUACUUUGGCUCCA